CUCAAUAGGACUUAGGGGUGACAAUCGGUCGGUAAUAGGACUUAGGGGUGUAAACCGGUUACCGACCGACCCGGUAAAUAGUAUGUCGAGCAUGGAGGGGGAGAGAUCGAAUACCAUUACUGGUUUGUAUCCGGUUUAUCGGUUACCGAAUGGCCUGUAAACGGUUACAAACCGAUUUUACCGAUUUACCGCGAGGAUAGGUCACAACACGUUUUCGGUUCAGUUUAUCAGGAAAUUAUCGAAUCAAAAUUCUGGGUAGUGGGUGGCGGGAUCCGUUCGGUGCUGCUGCUGCAGAAGGAAGGCGGCGGGAUCUGCUAGUGAGGGGGCGGUGGCGGAGUGAAGGGAGAGGCUGAAGAGGCACAGGGAGGAGGUGGCGAGGGCGGCACUGGCUGCAGAGGGACAGCGAGUGCGGCUUCGACGUCGCAGAGCAGAUCGACGACCGACAGACAGUGGAGGCACGCGAUAGACAGGGAAGGAGGAAACAGAUGUCGAGUCGCGGAGGGAAGGACGAGCCGUCGUCGCCUUUGACGGUCUCUUUCUGGCCUGGGUUUCGGAGUUUGGGGGCUGCCUGGUCGUCGCCUCGUCGGUCGAGAGUCAGACAUGAGAAGGGGAGAAGGAGAGGGCCAAAGACUAAACGAAAUCCCUAAUUUCGUUUUUAGGGUUUGGGGUUGCUGGCCGCUACGCAAAACACAGUGUACUAGUCCCUCGGUAUCGGUAUUACUGACUUACCAUCUGUAUUUACCGCAAUUGGGGCCAGUAUAUCGAACGCCCCCUUCCUCAAUCGACUACCGAUACCGCCGGUAAUCGACAAGGAAGAAGAAAACAGAUGUCGAGCCGCGGAGGGAAGGACGAGCCGUCGUCGUCUCUGACGGUCUUUAUCUGGCCUGGGUUUUGGAGUUUGGAGGCUGCCUGGUCGUCGCCUCGUCGGUCGAGAGUCAUACACGAGAAGCGGAGAAGGAGAGGGCCGAAGACGAAACGAAAUCCCUAAUUUCGUUUUUAGGGUUAGGGGUUGCUAGGCGCUAGGCAAAAUGGAGUGUACUGGUCCCCCGGUAUCGCUAUACCGACUUACCGUCGAUAUUUACUGUAAUUGGGGCCGGUAUACCGAACGCCCCCUCCUCACUCGACUAUUGAUACCGCCGAUAAUCGGUUUACCAAUUACCGUCGGUUACCGAUUCGAUAAAACGAUAAACCGAUUACCGACUAACCGUUUGCCACCCCUAAUAGGACUAAUUUGAUAGCAUGCAACACCCAUAGUUUAAAUUCUACCUAUUGAUCCCUUCCCAAGCCUACCCAUUUGCAGCAGAACCCUCCAUUUCCGUCCCCUCUGUUUUAUUGUACACCCGCCCUUUCAAACUCUGCAUUUACCACUGAGUUUAACUAGACACACCUGGUCCUCCUCAGUCCUCCCCUGUCAAAGGCCAAGAAUCCAGAUUAAUCACACACACCUUCCUCCCAACCCCACUGCCAUUCAUAAAUCAUAAUCAUUCAUCUUUUCCCUCCUUUCCCUUUGUGGGUUCCAUUUCCCCUUCCCCAAAACUUCCCCCUUUAUAUCAAACCUUCCACGCACCCUCUUUACUCUGCAUCUCUACCCUUCAAAAUCUCACUAUCCCCAUUUACUCACUCCUCCUUCAGUGCUCUCUCUCUCUCUCUCUCUCUCUCUCUCUCUCUCUCUCUCUCUCUUCAUCCACAAGACCCAUUUCACCGUUACUCUCACAAAGAUGAAGAGAAUGGAGUUCCUCUGCAGCUCCCCUUCUUCCACUGCCAUCUGCUCCAGCCUCGACCACCGCUCCAUGGUCCGCCACUCCACCGCCACUUCGUCUAAGCAGCCCAUUUUCGGGACCUGCUCUUCUCACGAAUUCUUCCCCGUCAAUCCCAACAAGCAGCGGCGGAGCACCUCCGUCGUGCUCUCCGACUUGUACAAACACCCUUCCUCUGUUUCAGACAGUAAAAAACAGAGCACCCCUUUCGAUUCCCGCAGGAGGAGCUCCUCCGCCGACCCCCGCGAUCUCCUUCUCCAGCUCCGCCGCCGGCAGCAGCACAUCCGCUUAGGUUCUUCUACUCAUCUCCUCAGCAGCGACGAUCGAACCGGCGCGCCGCCCGAUUGGGUUUCCGACUCUGCUCCGGUUCCUAAUUCCGAUCGCAAUCAACUGUGGCCGAAUCGGCCGAAGGAGACGGCCUCCAUCGGCGGCGAUGUCCCCGUUACCGAACGUGGACAUCGCCAUUCCUCUGUUUCCGAGCUGGCUCGCUUCGACGACCCUGUUUUUUCCGAUUCGGGUCGUUUUCCCGGUAUGGUUGUUGCUACUACUCGGCACUCGAAAUCGAAUCGCAGCGAAUCGAGCGAUGAGAUAACGUCAGAUAAACACGUCGUCUCCGCUGUUGCUCCGGCGCAAGCCAGGACACCUCGGCGUGUAAGCUUCCAGGACUGUCCUCCGGUUCUGAAAUCAUCUUCCUCCGCUCGCUCACAUGACCAGGUGGUGGUUUUGAGGGUUUCGAUCCAUUGCAAGGGUUGCGAAGGGAAAGUGAGGAAACAUAUCUCCAAAAUGGAAGGAGUGACGUCGUUCAGCAUCGAUUUAGCGACGAAGCAGGUGAUCGUGAAAGGGAAGGUGACCCCUCUGGGCGUACUGGCAAGCAUCUCCAAGGUUAAGACUGCACAGCUUUGGGCGACUUCUUCGUCCCUUCUUCACCCUACGCCGUCCACAUCAGCACCGCCACCAGCAGCAGCAGCAGCUCCAAGGUGGUCAACCUGAAGAUGGUUUUUAGGUAUUAGAUGGUAGAUGAUUAAUUAUGAUGUUGUUAGUUGCGUUAGUUAAUUAACUUGAUGGGUGAAGCUACGAUGUUACUUAGGUUUUGUGCAAUAAUAAAGUUGUUUGAUCAAUGUGUGGUGCAUUGCAAGUUAAAAGCAGGGUUCAUUUUCAUCAUUGUUUUGAUUUAAGCUCACGUUACUAUAUCCGCGGUUCAACAAACUUCGUUCAUGUUCAAAUCGGUGUCUAGUAAAGUUUGAUUCGAAUUGAUUUAAUAAAAAUCGCGAAUAGACAGAUGGGGUGAAU